UUCCGGAGGUCCACCCUUGAUCCGCCUUCCAGCUGGUUCAGUAGCACAUCAGAGCCACGACAUGGCGACGAGUAGCAGCAAUGCUUGUUCUACUACUUUCUUGCUCGGCUUGUACAGUCUAUUUUACCUUUUCAUUUGCCGGACCCAGGCCGCUCAUCUAUAUUCCAGCGAGGAUCCUCUUACCAUUCUGCACAGCGGCACAGUGAAGCAGACCCUGCAAAAUUCGUCCAGCGCCUGGAUUGUCCAGUUCUACUCGUCGUGGUGCGGUCACUGCAUCCAGUACUCGCCGACAUGGAAAGCAUUGGCAGGGGACGUUAAAGAUUGGGAGCCAGCUAUUCAAAUAGGCGUGCUGGACUGUGCAGAUGAGAAGAACUUUGAUGUGUGCAAAGAGUUUGGGAUCCACUUCUAUCCUACCUUCAGGUACUUCAAGGCACGUAACAACAAAUUUGAUCUUGGGAAACCUUAUAGAGGGGCAAACAGGGAGCUGCCUACAGUCCGGCAGGUGAUGGUAAACUUUCUUCAAAACCACAGCCGGGAAGAAUGGCCCCCAGCCUGCCCUCCUCUGGAACCCUCUAGGUCCAGUGAUGUCCUCGCCCUGCUUGGUAAGAAAAGCCAGCCGUACACAGCAGUUAUCAUUGAGGAUGAGAAUUCGUUUGUGGGACGGGAGGUGAUUCUGGACCUAAUGCAAUACGACGGCCUGAAUGUGACAAGAGCUCUGGGUUCGGAUGCAUCCCUCCUGGAGAAGCUGGGAAUCCUCUCCCUUCCCGCUGGAUACCUCUUUCAUCCCGACGGCAAGCAUGAGCUCAUGAAAGUCCACAAGACGCUGCGGUUCUUCUUCUCCUCCUUCCUCAAGCUUCUGCCAGGAGUCAGGAGGAAGAAACCUCAGUCUUCCAGGAGCCCAGACCAUGCUGUCCAGGAGAAUGACACUGCUGCCACAGUCUGGAAGGAGUUUGACAAAUCCAAAGUGUACAUGGCAGACCUGGAGUCGGGAUUGCAUUUCCUGCUGCGGAUAGAGCUGGCCAACCACCAGACACUGGAAGGAAAAGAGCUGGAGACUUUCAAGGAUUUUGUUACGGUCAUCGCCAAGCUGUUUCCGGGCCAGCAGCCUGUGGUGAAGCUGCUGGAGACUCUUCUGGAGUGGCUGGUCAGCCUCCCUUUAGACCGCAUUCCCUACGAUGCCAUCCUGGACCUGGUGAACAACAAGAUGAGGAUCUCUGGCAUGUACCUGACCAAUAAGAUUGAGUGGGUAGGCUGCCAGGGUAGCCAGCCGGCUCUGCGAAGGUACCCCUGCUCCCUGUGGACGCUGUUCCACACCCUCACUGUCCAGGCAGCAGAAAGACCAGAUGCCCUGGCUAACACAGGUUUGGAGGAGAACGCACAGGCUGUGCUGCAGACCAUGAGGCGCUAUAUUGGCUCUUUCUUUGGAUGCCAGGAGUGUGGGCGGCACUUUGAGGAGAUGGCGAAAGAGUCAAUGGACAAGGUGACGACACACAAUGAGGCUGUUCUGUGGCUGUGGAGGAAACAUAAUACGGUCAACAACAGGCUUGCAGGAGCUCUCAGUGAGGACCCACAGUUCCCCAAGACCCAGUGGCCGACCCCCGAUCUGUGUCCUGCCUGCCACGAGGAGGUUGAGGGUCUGCAUGCCUGGAACGAGAAAGAGGUAUUGGCCUUCCUUAAGCGGCACUAUGGGGCCUCCAACAUCUCCCCUAAAUACACUGCAGGACCUGAGGAGGGUACAGCAGGGGGCCAGGGAGACAAAGUACCGUCUGAGCAGAAGCCUGGAUCGGAAGACCCCAAGUACAGGGCCCACUCCCCCAAAUCUCCCUUCCUGGAGAAGCUCCAGGGCAAAGAGAGGCAGGAGGAGGGCAUAGGUUUGCACAAGGAGGCAAAGCCAGGGAUGUCCUUCAUGGGCCUGGGUUUCUCCAACAUAGACUUGAGCCUCUGCGUGCUGAUGUACGUCUCCUCCUGUCUCUUCCUCAUGAUCAUGUUCUUCUUCUUCCGCAUGCGCUCCAAGAGGUGGAAAGUGAGACACAACCGUUUCAGCAUAUAGCAGAUGAGGGUUGAGGACUAGCCACACACAACAUCCUGGUUGACUGAAGGAAACUCCUUCUGAUUUUAAAGGUGGUAAAGGCGAGAUUGUGGUUGCCAACUUAAUACAGAAAGGUUUCAUCACCAUGUGGAAUAAAACGCCAGCUGCUGAAGGUGAUCUCUUGAUUUUUGAGUAUUUGAGUGUUGUAACCCCACCACCACCACCACCACCACCACCACCACCACCACCACCACACUUUCUCACAUACUGUUCUGUGAGGAAAAUAUCCCUGAGGUAAGAUUCCUAAAAAUGCUUUUAUAGAUCUCCAAGCUAUGAUAUGUUCUGUAAUAUGCAGUUUGGGCCAGUUAAGGUUUUUGUAAUGUCUGACGAAGUUGAUAUGGUGCCUAAUCUAGGUUUCACAUUUCACAAUAAACAAAAAUAACCUUAAAUGCUCAAUCGAAGCGCUUCAAUCCAUAGAACUAAUUUAGCCCCAUAUUCCAUAUCCUUUGCAUCUCUGUUGCUGUUCUAAACUCCCUGGAUAAAGGGCUGUGAUUUCACACUCUCUAUUCUUGAGAGGAAGCCAGUUUCAUGAAUACAUCACAGACUAAAAUAGGAGGUGGAGUUUCUGGAAAGUCCGGGGGGAGGACACAACUAACAAGUAAACAAGAAACUUCUUGCAGUAGUCAAAGCAGCCAAACAUCUCUAGCUCUGGAACAGCAGAAUUUAUGUUACAGAAAAUAAAUGAAAUGCCAUCAUGCCAUGCUUUGAUCAUUGGAGAACCCAGAAGCCAACAUCCUGAAAUAGUAAAGGGAAUUAUUGAAUCUUUAACCAUAAUAUUUCAAUAUGUACUUACAUGCCUGUUUGGAAGUUUAAAAAUGUAUUUGAGAGGUGAAAUAUUUUCUUAUCUAAAGGAAUAUGUUUUCUAACAUGGAAGGUAGUGUAUAUGAAUAUUUUUUAUCAGUGAUGUACCAAAUAAUUUUAAGCAGUGAUUUAGUGGGAAAAUAAAGGGAAAACUAUGAACAGGAUACAAGAGAAAAUCUUGUGUUACAUGUGUGCCAUGCAUGCGUGAGAUUCUAAUGAAGUAUUUUUUAAGUCUUUCGGUAAAUUCAAAGGUUGCCAAACUUUUGUUAUAGAUUGCUGCCUAGCUGCCUCAAAUUGUAUAUCAUGCAACUGACUUGUGUGUGUCUUAUAGAGAAAUAUUGUACGUUCAAGAUCCUGCUCUGUUUCCAGUAUAAUGGCUGACCUCACUGUUGGGAAUACUGCUUUAUUAAUCAGGGAGUCCGGGUGACAUGGAGAGAGCAGUCCAUGUAGUCUUUCAAAACCUGACACUAAAAAAUCUUUCAUUCCAAAUGCUGACAGCUGUUUCUGGAUGCAUGCUUCAGUGUACUGCCAGUUGUAUGGUCUUGGAGCUGUAGAAUAUGAAGGAGCAUUGUAUUUGUUGCAGCCAUUAACAAGGCUAUCGUAGUAGUGAUUUUUGGGAUAUAGAAGAGUAAAUAUUCCUGGCCAAUGCCUUUUAUUGCAUAUAAAAACAGCAGUAUUAAAAUCUUCCAUAAAUUUGAUGGUAUUUCAAUGUGAAUGAAACACUGUGUUCAGUAACAUCUCUGUUGGAGGCUGGGGCAGCAUUAUUUAUUUAUUUAAUUACUUUUUCAAUACAAAGAGGGAAUGUCCAUACUUGAAAUCCAGUUUGUAAUGGAUGUAAAAAGCUCAGUGGUGGUCCAGGCUUGAGGCCUUCACAUCUUGCUGCUGCCACAGUGGCUAUGACUGUGAGUCGUGGUAUUCAGAGCUUAUAUCCGGCAGCCAGGGAUCUCCAGCUUAGUUAUUUGCCUACUGUGCCUCACAGCUGUGAAAGAGGGCAUCGAGACAACAUGAUCAGUAGUGUUAUCGUGAACGUUUUGUGCACCUACAGAAAUAAAUAGUUGUUUUCUUGCCCUGAAAGGGAAGGGUAGUGGUCACAUUGGUGUAAUGUGCAAAUAGCCCUGUAGUCAAUUUAAGUUUUUAUUUAUUUCGUGAAGUGAUAGUAUUUACAAUAAAUUAAAAUGCAUACCAUUACAGUUUGACACAAACCUAGCAUUGUGUUUUUGUCGCCUCUUUUUUGAUGGGGAAAAUAACCAUUUUGUGUAAAAUUGAUGUGAUACUGUUAUGAUUUUUGUUUUCAGAAUUAAAACUACAUGCAUUACCUCUGUCUCAUACUAAUUUUGUUAAAAAGCAUUACAAACUGGUUUGAUGGCACAUGUGUAAACAACACCUAAUAUAUAAAACAUAUUGCUGAGAUUUGUUGGCUUUUAAAUUGGUUUUCAAUGUAAAUAAAAUGUGUGCAGAUGUAAAAUAAUAGAAUAUGCCAUUCCUGUAGUAAUUCUUUAGUGACCUGGGUUACAUUUCAAGCACAGACUUGUUUCAAGGUUUACCUCUGCAAAGAUACAACUCUUGUAAUGAGCCACGCAUCACUGUGGUUUUGAAACAAAAACGGUCCUGAGUCACCAUUGUA